CCCUGCAUGUGCGAGGACGCACGCCCGCCGCCCAUCACUUCUGAGGGGGACGUAAGUGACCGUCCUCAGCCACGUGCGCGGCCCGGCUCCGCAGCGCGCAGGGGAAAAGAGCCGAGCUGCGCUCCCCCCCAGGCCAGGCCCGCCCCCGGUCUCGGGGAGCCCUGCGGUCCCGCGCGGGGGAGGUGUCCGCCGCCCCGGCAGCCUGCCCGCCUCCCGACCUGGCUGCUCCGCUGUCCGCCGCGCCUCCCGGCCCACCGCCGCCCAGCGGUGACGUUUAGGGGGGCGAGGCGUGUGGCCGCAGAGCUCCUAGUAGGAAAGGCCAGAGUCUCUAGAUGUUUAUCAGCUAGCCUUCUACUUUAGGGUCGACGAGACGCGCAGUGGUGAAUUUCCCUGUCAUUGGCUCUGUUCCAUCGAAGCAAUUGUGUCUUGAAGCUAACUUCGUCCCAGGAGUAAAGGGUGGAAGGACUGUCAUGUCUGGUGAUGAGCAGGAGCCAAGCAGCUACUAUGUGGGUGUGGAUGUUGGAACAGGCAGUGUCCGUGCGGCUCUGGUGGACCAGAGAGGGCUGCUCUUGGCUUUUGCAGACCAGCCUAUUACCAAAUGGGAGCCUCAGUUCAACCACCAUGAACAGUCCUCUGAAGAUAUCUGGGCUGCUUGCUGUGUUGUCACAAAGAAAGUUGUACAAGGGAUCGAUUUAAGCCGGAUUCGAGGACUUGGGUUUGAUGCUACAUGUUCUUUGGUUGUCUUGGAUAAGCAAUUUCGCCCUUUACCUGUGAACUAUGAAGGGGAUUUCCAUCGAAACAUCAUCAUGUGGCUGGACCACCGAGCCAUCAGUCAGGUCCAAAGGAUCAACGAGACCAAGCACAGUGUCCUCCAGUAUGUGGGAGGCCUGAUGUCUGUGGAAAUGCAGGCCCCAAAGCUCCUGUGGCUGAAAGAGAACUUGAGAGAGACUUGCUGGGAUAAGGCGGGACAUUUCUUUGAUCUACCAGACUUUUUAUCGUGGAAGGCAACAGGUGUCACAGCACGGUCUCUCUGUUCCCUGGUGUGCAAAUGGACAUACUCAGCAGAGAAAGGCUGGGAUGACAGUUUCUGGAAGAUGAUUGGUUUGGAGGACUUUGUUGCUGAUAAUUACAGCAAAAUAGGAAACCAAGUGCUACCUCCUGCAGCAUCUCUUGGAAGUGGACUCACACCAGAAGCAGCAAGAGAGCUGGGCCUUCCCGUUGGCAUUGCGGUGGCAGCCUCGCUCAUUGAUGCCCAUGCAGGAGGGCUAGGAGUGAUUGGUGCAGAUGUGACGGGUCAUGGCCUCAGCUGUGAGGGACAGCCAGUGACAUCACGGCUGGCUGUCAUCUGUGGAACAUCCUCGUGUCACAUGGGGAUCAGCAAAGACCCGAUUUUUGUACCAGGUGUAUGGGGGCCUUAUUUCUCAGCCAUGGUCCCUGGGUUCUGGCUGAAUGAAGGUGGUCAGAGCGUCACUGGAAAAUUGAUAGACCACGUGGUGCAGGGGCACGCUGCCUUCCCUGAACUACAAGCCAAGGCCACCGCCAGAUGCCAGAGUGUAUAUGCAUAUUUGAACAGUCACCUGGAUCUGAUUAAGAAGGCUCAGCCUGUGGGUUUCCUCACUGUUGAUUUACAUGUUUGGCCAGAUUUCCAUGGCAACCGGUCUCCCUUAGCAGAUCUGACUCUAAAGGGCAUGGUCACUGGAUUGACACUGUCUCAGGACCUCGAUGAUCUUGCCAUCCUCUACCUGGCCACGGUUCAAGCCAUUGCUAUUCAUGAAUGGCUUCAACAAACCCUGAAGAACGUAAGCUGGAACUGCUGUGCCUUUUGCUCCUGCUUUGCCCCAUCCUUCCUCAUUUUCUCCACACCAGUUGAGAUUCCAUAUCCUCUGGCCCCAGAUUCCCCUCUCUGAUACCUUCUUCCUCGGAGGCACCCCGCACCCAGGGAGAAAUUUCUGCUCCCUCUUGUCCUCAUAAUGAACUAUGUGUACUUCUUUUCUAUUCACUGGGGACCGAGUUUCCUACAGCGUGGUCAUUCUUACUCUAAAAACUAUAAUGUUGACUCACAACUUCUCUGCAGCCACCUUUCACCAACUUCUUAGUGGUGAUACCAAGGAAGGGCUCUGGUAGAGAUCCUGGGCCUUCAGAUCCUUGACCUUUUGUCUCCCCUGACUUUCUCCUCCCUCCACUUGGGCAAUUCACAUGCAUGCACUCCAGUUCACACACCUAAGACACACCAUCUCCCAGAAAUUGCUCAGUCUCUAAACAUCUCAGAGGCUCUGUAUACACCCUCAAUCCU